ACUAUAAAAGUAUCUUGUUUUGUCGCGCAAAUCUUACUUGUCACUUGGCGAUGAGUGCACGCGACUACGUGCCAUCGUGGCUUGUUAGCGAUCAUCCCAUACGAGACAAUGGUACGCGUAUGUGAUACGUGGAGGUGCGAUCCCGGGCGGUGCUGAUUCCUCACUCCCCCUUUUCCUCGGAUUCUAUCGUCCUCGGUGAGAACGAAACGCGUAUAUUAAUUGGACGACGAGAAUCGAGAAUCUGUAACAUCAUGCCUUCUAGAAGAAGCAAAGACGGCCUUCUGGCAAGAGUGAAUUUUCCCCUGUAUACAGUGCAAAUGGUAACCAACAGGCAUAUCCUGGUGGGAGGCGGAGGUGGUUCCUCCAAGACUGGUGUUGCUAAUGGAUUUGAAAUUUUUGAAUUGUCACACAAUGGAGUACACUUUAUUGCCGAAGAAGUAACCAGGCAUGAGACGGGUCCUAGCGUUGUCAUGAAUUGUGCUUCGCACAGGAGUGACAAUAAGACAUGGAUUGUUGCUGGUCAGGAGAGUCACUGCCAAUUGUACAAUGUAAAAUCCAAGUUUAUAACUUUGGAGAAUGGGGAAUUGAUCAAAGGGCCAACAGCAUCAACACAUAAGGAUGAUCUUAGACACAGAAAAAACAAUGAAAAAGUUGAAGAAUCUCAAACACAAAAAGAAAAGAUAGAAGAAAUCAAAGACAACAAUUGCAAUGUUAAGAGCAAGAAACUGCAAUUGAUCCUUGAACCUGCUAGCAGUGUGCAGACAACUUUUGGGGAUGGUGAACCUUUACAGAGAGUUGUCAGAGUAAGCAUUCAAGGGAAGAUUAUGGCUACAGGUGGCACAGACGGUAUAGUUAGAUUAUGGAAAUUUCCACAAUUGGACAAAUUGUACGAUCUCGGCACACAUGGAAAGGAAGUAGAUGAUAUAGAUUUCAGUCCUAAUGGCAAACUGCUGGUAAGUAUUGCCAAAGACGGAAAAGCUUUUGUGUGGAAUAUAGAGAGCAAAGAGAGCAGGGAACUCAGUUGGAAGCCGCCGGACGGUCUCAAAUAUAUGUACAAAAGAUGUCGAUUCAGGAAAAUGGUGGAGGACGAGAAGAAGAAUGAUAUAUUUAUGCUCACUAAUGCCGUAGCGGCGAAGAAUCCUAGUUUCCUUCAUUUGUGGGAUGCUAAUACUGGUGUAAUAACCAAGUCUGCUCCUUACAAGGAGACGUUGUCCGCUUUGGCUGUUUCUAACGAUGGUAAAUUCGUGGCCGUAGGCACGAUGUUCUCGGGCAGCGUUGACAUAUUCGUGGCGUUUAGCUUGAGAAAGGCGCUUCAUGUUCCUGGAGCGCACAGUAUGUUUGUGACUGGUCUAGAAUUCCUUCCAACGAACGGUCAACUGAAUGGCGUUGCGAUCACCAGUAACACGGAGACCGCAGUCGUCAGUAUCUCCGUAGACAACAGGAUCUGUAUACACAGCAUACCAUUUAGACAUACAAUGCCAUUUUGGUUCGUCAUCAUGCUAAUAAUCUUAUGCAUAUGCGGCGCGUUCAUCUUCUGCAGCUAUCUCGGUAUAUGACCUACGAAAUGCGUGAUCAAAACGAUGAAGCAGGAUGUCAUUUUCUUCGUCGAUUCAUUUUAGAUCGAUUAUUGUUCGCCCGUAUAAAAAAUUAAACAUAAAUAAAAGCCCGAAAUCUAACGCACUGUUCACUCGUAAGAGUACAUAAAACGGUGAAUGCUCAAAAAUCUUACACAAACGAAAUGUAGAAAUAAAAACAGAUAUGCAAUGGCAUAUUGUCCAUGUAAUACGAUAUAAUUAAUUGACGAAAUACACCGAGCACUAUAACUAUGGAUACGCGGAGUUUGGACUCGAUGGGAGGAUUAGAAUAAGAUUAUUGACGGAUCAUUGAGCCAAUCAGGAUUGGCGUUCAAUUACUGAACAAUAGUUGUAUUUGUUAUUGUACUCAAGAUAAAUCUUCAGGAAACGCGUUGCGCGAUUUAGACAUAGUCGUGACGUCAGUCGAGGUGCUACUGUGAUAAAUAAAUUACAUUAGAGUGCUUAUAACUUAAUUGGACCCGCAUUAAUUAACAUAUUGAUGUACCUAUAGAUUACAUUUUAUCAAUUUUUAAUUGCGCAAAGGCAAGGAUUUGUAAUAUAAAUAGUGCGUCGUAUCGCGAUUGUCUCCCUUUCAUGUACGUUUAACAAUUUCAUUUAUAUGUAUAUUAUUAUAUAAUUUAAGAUUUCUUCACAUUUCACAUACUUGAUACGUGAAUGACCAAUCUCUUCUCUCUUUUGUAUCAUGGAUGAAGACAUAACAUAAUAUGUAUUUAUAUAUCACUGA